AUGGCCUCCUCGACCCCCAUCACAAAAGAAUCUCCCCCGCCGGUGGAUUUCCUCCAUCACCCAUGGACCCGUGCCGCUCUCCCCUUCGCGAACGGGGGCCUGGCUGGCAUGACGGCUACCGCCGUCAUCCAGCCCGUCGACAUGAUCAAGGUCCGACUGCAGCUGGCCGGUGAGGGCGCCCGGACGGGCCCCAAACCGAGCGCAUUCGGCGUCACCCGCGAUAUCGUCGCCUCCGGGAAGGUCCGCGAUCUCUACACCGGCCUGUCCGCAGGCCUCCUGCGCCAGGCCGUCUACACCACCGCGCGUCUAGGCUUCUUCGACACCUUCAGCAAAGCCCUGACCAAGCGCGCCGACGACGCCGGCCGCAAGGUGACCUUCGGCGAGCGCGCCGGCGCCGGUCUGCUGGCGGGCGGCGUCGCAGCCAUGAUCGGCAACCCCGCGGACCUGGCCCUCAUCCGCAUGCAAUCCGACGGCCUCAAGUCCCCCGAGAAGCGCGCCCACUACCGCUCCGUCAUCGACGCCCUGUUCCGCAUCUCCAAAGGCGAGGGCGUCGGCGCCCUCUGGGCCGGCGCCUUCCCCACCGUCGUGCGCGCCAUGGCCCUCAACCUCGGCCAGCUGGCCUUCUUCGCCGAGUCCAAGAGCCAGCUGAAGCAGCACACCAGCCUGUCCCAGCAGAACCAGACCUUUGCCGCCUCCGGCAUCGCCGGCUUCUUCGCUAGUUUCCUGUCGCUGCCCUUCGAUUUCAUCAAGACCCGUCUGCAGAAGCAGCAGAAGGACCCCAAGACGGGCCAGCUGCCUUACAAGGGUUUGCUGGACUGCGCCCGUAAGGUCGCCAAGGAGGAGGGUUGGUUGCGGUUUUACCGCGGGUUCGGCACGUACUACGUGCGGAUCGCACCCCAUGCGAUGGUCACGCUUAUCGUCGCCGACUACCUCAACAUUCUGACUAGAUAG